AUGGCUGAUGUUCCUUUCCCCGGUGGAGCUCGAGGAGCUCCAGGAUACGGCAUCGGCCAACGUCGCUCUUCCUACGCCUCCGUCGUGUCCGGCAACGCAUUCUCUCCCCCGAUUUCCAGCUCAUUUUCUCAUUUGCUGAACUCCAACCCCAUCUCCUCUUAUCCCCCACCCUCUCCGUCUGAGGGCCACCUCCAUCGGGCCUUGUCCGGCUUGAAUGCCGCAGAUAUGCAUCUCAACCCGGCCUCUAGGUCCGCUUCCUCUUUGGACUCUCUCCCUGCCUACUCCCGCAAGUAUGCCGGUAUUCCGCGCUCGACAGAUUUUCCGCACAGCCUGGCUUUGACCGAUACCCCGUCGUUCUUGACUCCUUCCUACCUACGUGACUCUCCAUACAUCUCUCGCCUCGAGGCCGCCCACCGAGCCAAGUUGGCCACCCAGCAGCGUGAUAAUUCUUCAUCAAAUCCCGCCUCAAACCCUCCCCUUUCAACAUCAUCCAGCCAUGUCCACCUUCACCGCAUGGCGCCGUCCCACCGCGGUAUGACGUAUGAUCUCAUCGAGAAAGAACCCCCGACGGUUGCCGAUAACACCAUUAAUCCCCUUCCCACCCAGUGGAGCUCAGUGGACAAAUAUACCGGUCUAGAACUAUCAAGUGAUGGCUUUGAGGUCCGAUACGGUGGCCCUGUGCACAAACACGAUCACGAGGCAGCUGCGUUGCGGGCGGACAACCCCAUGCCGCCACAGUGCGGGAUCUACUAUUUCGAGAUAAAGAUUGAAUCCAAGCCGAAGGAAGGCAUGAUUGGAAUCGGUUUCUCCAGCACAAAGGCUUCCGUUGAGAGACUCCCAGGUUGGGAGCAGGAAUCUUGGGCAUACCACGGAGAUGACGGAAAGUCAUUUUACGGCGAAAGCCAAGGCCAAGGCAAGCCUUAUGGACCAACCUUUGGAGUUGGAGAUAUCGUCGGAUGUGGUGUCAACUUCUCCACUGGUCAAGCCUUCUUCACCAAGAAUGGCGCCUUUCUAGGAUAUGCAUUUCGUGAAUUGCGCAACGUCAAACUAUAUCCAUCUGUCGGGAUGAAGAAACAACCCCCAGUGCACUUAAAGGCGAAUUUCGGCCAGGAGCCAUUCGUAUACGAUAUUGACGGCAUGGUUCGGCACGAGAAAGUCGCCAUCGAAUCUCAGAUUAGCAUGACAAGCACAGACAGCUUACAGCCGCCUCUAGAUGAAUCAGCGUUGCUUCAGGAGUUGGUUGCUCAGUUUUUGGCCCACGAUGGCUAUGUAGAGACUGCGCGAGCAUUUGCUGAAGAGGUUGCCACUGAAACAGCAGCUCUGCAGAAUGGACAUGACGCCCCUUUGAAGAAAUACGAAGUUGAGGAAGAUCACGAAGCCAUUAAUCGAAACAGAAUCCGUGCUGCUAUCCUCGAUGGCGAUAUUGACAAAGCCCUUAAGCAUACGAAUGCCUAUUACGCCAGCGUUCUAGAAGACCACCCCCAUAUUCUUUUCAAGCUCCGGUGCCGCAAACUACUGGAAAUGAUGCGCCAAGAUUAUGAGGAGGCAAAACAUGGCUACUCAGUAUCGUCAGGGGCUCAAAAUGCCGUUUUCGAUCAGGAGAUGGAACUCGAUGAUGGAAAUUGGGAUGCAGACGGGAUGGAUACUGAAGAGGCUGGGCCUCCCGAGCCUGAGUCAACGCCGCAAGUACCCUCUGGUAUUUCGACCCAAGCCAUCUUGUAUGGCCGGCAACUGAGUCUGGACUACCCAUCCAAUGAAAAUGGUGGGGACCUGAAUAUGCUUAAGCAAAUUGGGUCACUACUAGCGUACACGGACUUCAACUCUCCAAAUGGAUAUUUACUAGAUCCUUCUGAGCGAGUGGCUGUGGCGGAGGAACUGAACUCGGCCAUUUUAGUGUCCCUGGGGAAAUCAUCAUCCGCAGCUCUAGAGAGGCUAUACCAGCAAACAGAGGUCCUAGUUAACGAGAUCAGUGAAGACGGCGGCGCUGGGGCGUUCAUCAAUGUUCGGAAUUACAUCAACGAUCGGAAUGACGGUUUGCUUUGA